AUGGACCAAUUUUUCGUCAUCGCCCGCAUGGGCAAAACACACCAUUCUCUCGCGGCUAUUAGUUUGGAUAGCCCUCGUGGCUAUGGCUUAGCCCGUGUUUGUCUUCGGCUGAUCGAGAUCUUCUCAGAUCCUGCCAACCGAAUCGCACUCAAGCAGGAGCUUACUAUGGCCGCCGAGUUCUUUAAUGAUUUCACGGAAGAGAAUCACUUUGACAGGCAGAGGAUGCCUCUAUGGCUCUCCUUUAUCAGGGCAUGUCUUUUGAUCGGUGUCGGCUACAGCCCUAAAAGUUGGCCCGUUCGUGACAGUUGGUACGAGGUUAAGCAGCAGUGUUACAAUGCACCACAAACCGCGCCACUCAAUAACAACGAGAUCACCGUUCUGGACAUCACUGACCUGGAAAAUGUUUCUUAUUGUUUUUUAACAUCGGAUAAACUCCAGGAUCGUGAAGAUUUCGAGAUGGACUCACCUUGGGGACACCCAUCUUUACGCGACCCUGAACCCUAUACCAAACCUCAAACAUGUUCGCAGUAUAUAUCGAGGCAUAUAGAACGCGGUAUCACCACAAGUUACCACGACAACGAUGAUAAGGGCGAGGGUGACAUGAUCAAUACUUUUGGAAACAUCCCUGUCGUCACAGUCAGAGCACUUCAAGAUGUUUGGAUGUUUAACAACGGCUACGAAGGUCACUUUCCCCUGCAACCAGAUGAUCAAUCUCCAAAACGUGGGCCAAAACUAUCUCUUCGAUGCCAGGCUGUCGCAAAGCUCUGUGAUUCUGUUUCAUCGGCUGAGAUUAGCCCUUCUUACCUACACGAUAUGGAUUGGAUGCCCGGGUUCGGGUUGACCGUGAAGGAAUAUCUUCUUCGUAACAAAGACCGAGUUGGUGUCAGCCAGUCCUGGGCACCGAUUCUCGAGGUAGCGUACGCAGGUGAAGCAUUCCUUGAAUGGCAUCAUUUCAAGAAUCUCUCGUCGCAAGCUCUUAAGGCUGUCUUCAAUGGCGGUAUACUGAGCAAGGUCACUGGAAUCAGCCUCUCGCCACCAUCAGCCCCAGACACACCGAAGGACGUCGUGGAGGCACUUUCAAUCCUCAAGACGCUUGAUACUCUACAGGUCUUAGACUACCCCAACAGAAGGGACGAGUCCAUGAGCAUUGAGAUGCAUGAGAGUCUCACCAAGUUGGCACCUGGUCUUGUAAAAAAGAGCCUGGUUCUCUCACACCUCUAUUCGUGGGAGCCUCUUAGUACUCUACCAAUGGGGGCUCCUAAGGCUUUGGCCGCGUUCCCGGUAUUCCAAAUCUUGCUCUCUUAUGCGGACCGGUCCCCCAACGUGCAAAAUUCGAGAUGCCUUAAUCUUGGCGACGCAUUCCUAACGCCGGUGGAAUUUGUCGCCGGGCUGCUCCAGUUUCUCAAGUCGUUCUUGAGCGGAGCACCCGAGGACUUAGCCAGCAUAGAUGCAUUUCAUUGCUUUGCUUAUAGAUCUUCUUCUCUUGACGGAAGCCAUUCCCGUUCCCGCAAGAUUGGGCCUGUUCCAGCCGAACUUUGUGCAGUCCCUCACUGCUCCACAUCCUACCAUUGGCACAAAAGCAUGAAACUUCUUACUAUGAGUGACCUGACUCCUGGUACUUGGACGGUCGUCUUAAAAAGGAAGGGUCGAGGCAAUAGACUCAAAUGCUUCGAGUAUGCCUUUUUUCGUUCAAAGAUAACCAUCAGUACUCAUCCUGAGAACUGGCGAGGUUUUGGUAUCGAACCUUCGGAAAUUGAAGUUGUCGAUAUCGAGGGCUUUUUAAAGCUCAUGGCGCCGGAUAUCGACUCCAGCCAAUUACCAAUCCUCUUGGAGGAGCUGAAGACAAGUUUGCCACGGAUCCUGCGUCAAUUUAGAACCGAAAACAACCAAGAAGAUAGCCCAGCUCUCCGUUUACUGGAAGUUCAAGAGGUCUGCGAGUACCUAAAUUCUUCUGUUGCGGAAAUACUGAUGGCUAAACGGAUUCCUCCCUGUGGUUGUCGAUGGACGACUCUUAUUUGA